GUACUCCACCGCGGAUCCCAGAGGGCGACAGCAUCACGCAUGAGAGCGUGUCUCUCGACAUGGAGCUGAAAGGGGACUGGGCCGGAUUCGAUCUAUUGACCGUUGGUGGAGAGAAGCUGGUAGUGCACCGCCGCGGCAAUCUCGUGGUCAUUUCCGGCUGCAUCACCACCGUGUCGCCCAUGAAGCAAAAGGCGAACUUCGACCUCACCGUCGGCCAGGUGCCGUACCACAGCAACCCGCAGCGGUACGUCCCCUUCGUGGCGCCCACAGCCAUGUCGCGCUAUCAAGGCAUCCAGCAGUGUGGAACUAGCUCCACGUUGCGAGAUGAUGGCAGGCUCAUGAUCAACUUCAACAAGAACACCAAUCCCAUGGUGCUGCACUUCUCGGGGCUGGUCUACAGCAUCCGAGGUGAGGCGGAGGAGGAGAUCGACAUCUUCGCAAGAGACCGUCGCAAGCAAGCCAAGGAUGUGAAGGAUGUCACUGGCAAGGGCAAAGGCAAGGGAAAGGACGAGGACAUGUCGCCCACUCGACGCCAGGAAUUACGGGCAUCGCCACAGGACCCUCCGGGACUGCAGAGGGAGAAUGGCAUUGUGACGCUGCAGGGCUCACUCCUUGAAGCGACCUACGGCUUCUCCGACCAAAUGGUCGGCACUCUGCCAGAGGGCUAUUGGCCGAAGCGCGAAAUCCGCUGCCUCGCGCCCUUGCUCCGCAUGCCAAAGCAGGACGAUUUCGCAUGCUGUCCUAUUGCCGAUCAGAGCAUAGCGAUGACCAUCAAGCCUGACGGGAACAUCUACGUUCAAGGCGGAAACCAUCACGCUGUCGACCAGAAAGGCCUCAUGCGAGUGCUGCCACAGAGGAAGCGAGGAAUCCUGAGCUUUGACGGGUUGCGUUUCUCCCAAGCCAACAACGGGCUCCCGAUAAGCCUGGCGGCCGGCCUUGACAACAAGCAGAACGUGAGCAAACUCAUGGAGAUGCUAGUUGGCAACCGCACCGACUCGGCAUUGGCAUUCAAGCACGGCGAUGUGGUCUUGCUGGAGGGAGGCUUAGACUGGAUCAGCAGCAAGCCGCUCAGCAACAAGCAGGUCAUCGCCAGAUUGCCGGAAGGUUGCUGGCCACGCCGGCGAGAGAUCUUUUUCACCCGUGGGCGAGACGAGGAGCGGCGUCGAGUGGAUAUCGACAAGUGGGGCCGGAUCUUCUGCCCCGAAGGCGAGGACAAGACGAGCGACGGCGGUCAUGUGGAACUCAGCGGCAUCAUCUUCAUUGCUGCUUCUGAGCCCCCCGCCACUCCGCCGCUGGAGGCGGAUAUUGACGACCUGAAGCUCCUGUACAAUCGCACCGUGGUGGACGUUGCAGCGGGCUCCUACAAGGGGCAUGAGAUACUGGAGCAGUUCAUUCGGCGAUGCAACCACUAUGAAUGGAAUCUGGUGAAGUAUCACAUGGCACAGAAUGCUGGAAGAAGAAUGAUGACACCCCUUGGCGACGCAUUGCUUCGAGGCUGGGAGAGAGGCAAUGAGUACAACCUCGACAAGGACUGUCACCGCCUGUGGAGGGAUGUGCUAAGAGAGAAGAUGGAUGAGCACUGGGGCAUCUCCUCGUGGCAUACAUUGAUGCAUCUUUCAGAUGAGAUGCACGACAAGGUGCUGGAAUGCUGCAGUGAGAAGCUGACCGACCGGGACAGGAAGCUCCUGACGAAGACUAAGCGCACCAGCGAAGGAGACUGGGAGAGGAAACGCCACCCGGGCCUGAACUUCAACCGCUUGGGUGAGAUUGCCGCAGACAUCGUUGACCACAUGUUUGAGCAUUGGGACUUCUCGGCACAGCUCCAGGGGCUCAUGAAGAACGACUACCGACCUCCAGACAGCAUCAAGCACCUCUUCCCACGGCAUGUGGCGAAGUGGCAAGAGAAGCUCAUCAAGGACAACAUCCCGGACAGAGAGAUGUCUAGGUUUGAGGAGAUCCGGCAGUUUUUCUUCCUGUAUGAGACCACAGGAAGCAACAUGACACACUGCAGUUUGAUGGGUGCCUCCGAUCUCUUUACGACCACCGGAAAGUGGUACUUCCCAGACGCUCCGGAAGUGCAGCAGCAGCUCUUUGAGAACGUCGCCUGGCUCUUUGACAGGAACAUCCAUCACUACAUCUCCGAGCGGCAGACUGCCAAAUUCCCGUUCAUCGAAGACUUCGAUAUUCAGGCGGCAAAAGACUAUCGGCCCAUUCCGCCAGGGCGCGAGUGGGCGGAUCCGCCGGAUGAUCUCAUCAUGUUCAAGCCGACGCGGUAUGGCCCAGAGCCGCAUGAGGUGCACGGAGACCCAGGCUCUAUGAUGAAGUACCGAGCGCACGCCAUCCACAUGCUGUACCCUCACAUCGACGAGCUCUUCUGCCUGGUGUACUCUGCAUCUGGUUUCAACAAGGGCAAAGAGUUGGUGAAGUCGUCUUUCCACCUGGUGUGGCCGCAGCUUGUUGUCGAUCCUGACAGAGCCAAAGUCAUUCGCUAUGUGACUUUGGGCGUCUUCAAGAAUGAAACCAAUAAGGAAGGUUCUGACAUCCACAAGAUGCAGCAGAAACUGAUGGAGAUGGAUCCCAGCAAUGAGUGGGAGUUGGUUUUCGACAGCACCACCAUCAACGCCAGAAAUGGCCUGCGGCUGCCAUACUCUGACAAAGCCUCCAUGGUCGUCAAAGAUCCGGAAGACAAAGCGAGGAUUAAGCGAGGAGAGCUGUCGAAGAAUUCAGCCUUCAAGGUCCGCGUCGUGGAAGGACGGCCGUCGAAAGCGGUGGGGCGCAUCAACUUCAAGUUCGCAAAGGAUGACGAUGGCGUAGAUCGGCUAGUGGAGGCAGCCUGGGUCCAGGACGAACAGUCGCUGGAGCGAUCCGAGUGGAUUCGCAUGGGCUCCUGCCGCCUUGACCAGGGCGACCUGGAGUCGACCAGGAUGACGCCUUGGCAGCUGGGUCCGGACGUCAUGGAGCUGUUGCCAAAAAAGCCAGGCGAGAAGUACUACCGCGAGUCCGAGGACGAGUCAGGAAUCUUCAAAACUCACGUGCCGUACCCGAACAUCCUGCGCUGUUCGCUCUCGGUCAAGGAUUUCGUUGCCAAGUUUGACGAGCAGCUUGAGGACGAGAUGGAAGCGCUCCAUGGAGAGGGGGAGUUCGAUCUGCGGCAACGAAUCGCAGGCCAAUGGAUCUCGAUCACGGAAGACCAGGCGCUUUGGCGGGCUCCUGCGGCGCGGCAGUUUGCCAACAAGUUCCCGGACUGGUACUGGGGCAUGAACUCCAAGCAGCUUCUCCGGCCAGCGGAGAUGACUUAUCUCCAACAGAAGGGGAAGUUGAUUGUCGAUGGCCCUGAUGACGUUCGGACGGCGCUCGUCCGUGUUUUGAAGUCAACCGACGAAUUCGUACUGUUGCGCGCUGUCACAGGAGUUAUGCCGAACGGAGCUGGACGACAAUCCGAUCAUGCCCGUCUUCAACACGGAGAUGAUGGACCGAUUCCCCGACUUACCAGCCGGUGGUUUCUCCAGCGGUGGUUUUGGGUAAGGCCUCGGCGCAGAACGGAGCCGAAGCGCAUCGACUCGUCAUCUGAAGUUCUGAAUCUCGUUGGGAUCGCAGCAUGGAGGAGUCUAGGACGUAAAGGGCCACGUGGUCGCCGGGACCUGCCCCAAGGGCACGUCGCCUCGACGGUUAGCUUCGUUAGAUGUCAGCCGGUGGCUGAGGCCAGCGCUUGA